AAAAAAAAUCCCCCAAAUCCACAAGUUGUCCCCCCAAUAAGCACUCGCAUAGGCUGAAUAGCGAAGACCCACAGGGAGAUGACGACGCUUCGAAGAUUUUGCUGCGACGAUCUCCUCCGAUUCGCAUCAGUGAAUCUCGAUCACCUGACUGAAACUUUUAACAUGUCAUUCUAUAUGACAUACUUGGCGCGGUGGCCCGAUUAUUUCCAUGUGGCUGAAGCUCCCGGCAACCGAAUCAUGGGUUACAUCAUGGGAAAAGUUGAAGGACAAGGGGAGUCAUGGCAUGGUCAUGUCACUGCAGUGAGUGUAGCUCCUGAAUUUCGCAGGCAACAAUUGGCCAAGAAACUCAUGAACCUGCUUGAGGACGUCAGUGACAAGAUUGACAAGGCUUAUUUCGUUGAUCUUUUCGUGAGAGCUUCAAAUACACCUGCUAUCAAGAUGUAUGAAAAGCUUGGCUAUAUAGUUUAUAGACGGGUACUACGCUAUUACUCCGGAGAAGAGGAUGGGUUGGAUAUGAGGAAAGCUUUAUCUCGGGACGUAGAAAAGAAGUCUGUUAUACCUCUCAAGCGGCCAAUUACUCCGGAUGAGUUGGAAUAUGAUUAAAUCUGUUUUUCUUAAUUUGAAAGCAUAUGCAUUGGAUAUGUUAUGAAUUUGUAGAACAUUGGUUAUUUGUCCAGUUUGAGUCUAAGGUCAGUAGAAUUCAACAAGAUUUUCCCAAGUAUCAUAUAAUAUGGAAACACUACUUUUCGAUUUAAACCAGUUGGAAUGUAGUAACUACUCUUGCUUUUCUCCCUAUUAAGGUUUUGGUAACUUGUGAA